AGUUCGGCGAAGUCCGUUGUUUGAGUUAGAUGUGUUGUGUUCUCAUAAAGGAUAAAUACUGAAACUUUUUUAUUAAAUUAUCACUUAAACCUAAAAUAUACGUAACUCGGUUGAUUGAUUAAAUCUAUUAAAAUAACGUAGUGAUCGACUGACGGCAGGAAGUACUCACUAUCGUACAGGCAGAGGACGUCAUAUACUGAAAACUUAUCGGUUAGGAAGCGGGAACACAAUCUGGAGCAAUAAAUGAGUCUUUCUUUAGCCGCUGCGUUAUUUUAACGAGCUUCAAUUUAUAUACCAGUACACGGAAGGGUGUUGAACUGUGCGAUCAUGGAUAAAACUGGAAAGCUCGUUCAACUACUUUUAAUAUCUAUAAUACUCAGUCAGACAAAAGCGACAGUUUCAGAUGGCAUAAAAGUGUUUACAGUGGCCACUGAUGACACUCAUGGAUUGGAAAGAUUUCUUAGAUCAGCUCGAAUAUAUGGCAUUGAUGUAGAAGUUCUUGGUAAAGGGAGGAAGUGGACAGGAGGUGACAUGAAUUAUGCUGGAGGAGGACAAAAGAUAAACAUUUUGAAAGAGAAAGUAUUAGAAUUGAUGAAAUCAAAUGAUAACAAGGACCAAAUCAUAUUGUUUACAGAUAGCUACGAUGUUAUGUUCCUUGCACCUAUAGAGGAUAUAGUGAAUAAAUUCAAAUCAUUCAAAGAUACCCGAGUUCUAUUUUCUGCUGAACAAUUUUGCUGGCCAGAUAGCAAGUUAGCUGGACAGUAUCCUAAGACCGAGGUUGCGAAUCCAUACUUGAACUCGGGCGGAUUUAUAGGGUAUCUCGCAGAGUUAUCUGAAAUAUUAAAUUAUAAACCAGUCAAGGAUCUGGAUGACGAUCAGUUAUAUUAUACAAAAAUUUAUUUAGAUAAAGAAUUGAGACAAAGUUUGAAGAUUUCACUAGAUCACGAAUCAAAGAUAUUUCAAAAUCUCAAUGGAGCGUUAUCUGAUGUCCAGUUGAGAUCGAAUACCACAGAAGAUUGGCCUUACAUAGAAAAUGUAGUAACAAAAGAAAGGCCUUUGAUAGUACACGCAAAUGGACCAUCAAAACUAACUUUGAAUCACUUGGGUAAUUAUUUGGCCAAGUCUUGGUCGAUGAAAGAAGGAUGUGCACUUUGCACUGAGAAAAAAAUUGAAUUAAAGGAAAAUGAAUUACCAAGUGUCAUGGUGGCAGUGUUUAUAGAACAACCCACGCCAUUUUUGGAAGAGUUUCUACAGCAAUUGAACAACAUCGACUAUCCCAAAUCAAAGAUCCAUUUGAUUCUGAGAAACAAUGUGGAAUACCACGAGACUGAGGUUGAUGAAUUUUUCCAAGCCAAUUUCAAGAAUUAUGCUACCGCUAAACGGAUCAAACCGAGCGAUUUUAUAUCUGAAGGUGAAGCAAGAACUAUAGCCAAGGAUAGAUGUGUCAACAGCGUGUGUGACUAUCUUUUCUCCAUCGACAGUGUUUCUAGAGUAAAACCUAAAACUUUACGGUAUCUCCUUUCGUCUGGAUAUGACGUCAUAGCGCCAAUGUUGGUGCGGCCUGGACAAGCUUGGUCUAAUUUCUGGGGUGCAAUAAACUCUGCAGGGUUUUAUGCAAGAUCAUCAGACUAUAUGGACAUUGUUUAUUAUGCUGUCAAAGGUAUAUGGAAUGUGCCGUUCAUCACGAAUUGCUACCUCAUGAAGAUGUCGGUGUUCAGGAACACAGAAGCGAAGUCUAUCUCAUAUUCUGUUGAAGAUACCGAUGCCGAUAUGGCGUUUUGCUCCAAUUUGAGACAACUAGGUAUAUUUAUGCACGUCAGCAACGAAUUGGACUUUGGGCAUUUAGUUAAUCCAGAAAACUAUGACAUCAGCCGCACCCAUCCUGACGUUUAUAGUAUGUUUGACAACAAAAUCGAGUGGGAAGCUCGCUAUUUACACGAUGAUUAUAACAUUAAUUUUGAAGAGGGCCGAAAACACUUAAUGCCUUGUCCUGAUGUAUAUUGGUUCCCAUUGAUGUCUCCGAGAUUCUGCAAAGAAUGGAUAGAAGUUAUGGAAGCUUAUGGACAAUGGAGUGAUGGCUCCAAUAAUAUUCCACGGAGAAUGAAGUAUAUUUUAAAUAUGGAUUCACAAUUUAAAAAGAAAAUGAGCAGGAAAUUUCGUCGUAGCGAGCAGUUGGUUCUUACGAAGGUUGAGUUCCAAGAUAAGCGGCUCGAAGGCGGCUACGAAGCAGUACCUACUCGGGAUAUUCACAUGACCCAGGUCGGACUCGAUCGUCACUGGCUCCAUAUACUCAAGGAAUACGUGCGCCCUCUGCAAGAGAUGGUUUUCACUGGAUACUACCAUAAUCCGCCCGUGUCAAUUAUGAACUUUGUAGUCCGUUAUCGGCCUGAUGAGCAACCUUCGCUACGACCUCACCACGAUUCAUCCACUUAUACCAUCAACUUGGCUCUGAAUACUCCUAACGUUGAUUACGAAGGCGGUGGUUGCCGAUUCAUCCGAUACAACUGCUCUGUGCAAAACACCAAGCUCGGCUGGCUUUUGAUGCAUCCAGGUCGUCUCACUCACUACCAUGAGGGGCUGAGGGUUACAAAAGGCACUCGCUACAUUAUGAUCUCUUUCGUAGACCCGUGAACGGCGAAGACAUUAAUAAAACCUUGGGUUCCAGUAGUUAUCACGACCAAUCAACAAAAUGCUGCAACUACUGGUUCCUUUUAGUUCAAUAAAACGAGUACAUAGACCGAUUUACUAUUGACUCCACUCAAAUUCCUAUGUUAGCGUUAUUUUUAUGCUAUUUUUAUAUUACUUUUUUAUGUAUAAAAUCAAUUAAUAUUAACUAUAAGUUGUGAACUAAUUUUAAUUAAAAAUGAACUGCCCUUUGAAAUGUCAUAACAUUUUGUGUUGGUGAUGAAUGACACGAGCAAAUUCUGUUUUUUUUUUUAUAAUCGAAAAGCCAAAGAAAUCUUUCUCUCUAUUACAAAUGUGGAUAAUGUAAUUUGUAAGUAAUAUUCAUAAGAAUCUAAAAAUAUAACUUAGUAC